AUGGAGUUUGUGACAGCCCUGGUACACCUCCAGGAGUCUAGCUGCCCCAUCCAUCUAGAGUACUUGAAAGACCCAGUAACCAUCAACUGUGGGCACAACUUCUGUCACUCCUGCAUCAACAUGACUUGGAACGAUCUAGAUGAUAUCUUCCCCUGUCCUGUCUGCCGUUUUUGCUUUCGUGACAAGAACUUCAGGAGCAACCCUCAACUCAGUAAUCUGACUGAAAUUGCUAAGCUCCUGCAGAUCAGAAGAAGCAAAAGAAAGAAGAAAGAAGAGAAUUCUGUAUGUGAGAAGCACAAUCAACUUCUGACCCUUUUUUGUGGGAAGGACCUAGAGGUUUUAUGUACACAGUGCAGUUUCUCCAUUCAACACCAAAAAUACUACAUUUGCUCCAUUGAGAAAGCUGCAUCUUAUCACAGGAAAAUUCUGGAAUGUAGCCUUGAGCCCAUGAAGGAUAAUUUAAAACGACUUGAAAAAGUGAUAACUCUGCAAGCUAGCAAAUCAGUGGAGCUGAAAAAGAAGGUAGAAUAUAGAAGAGAAGAAAUCAAUUCUGAAUUUGAACAACUUAGACUAUUUGUACAGAGUCAGCAAGAGGCUCUUCUUAGGCAGAUGGAAGAUGAAGAGAUGGACAUUUUAACAAAACUCAAUGAAAACUUUAUAACAUGGUCAGGUCAUGUCUCCAAAUUAAAACAUCGAUUGAGGGAGGUAGAGGGCAAGUGUGUGCAGUCAGAACUGGAAUUACUGAUGCAUGUUAAGAAUAUCCACCAUAGAUAUCAAAACCUAAAAGACCCUGAACUCUUUUCAUUCCAAUUAAAGAAAUAUGGAUUUAGCCUUCCUCCACAAUAUUCUGGCUUGGACAGAAUUAUCAAGCCAUUUCAAGCAGAUGUGAUUCUAGAUCUUGAAAUGGCACAUCCUCGGCUUAUUGUCUCUGAGGACAGAAAAAUUGUGCAGUAUGGAAAGAGAAAACAAAACCUUUGUUAUAACCCGAGGAGAUUUUCUCUCUGCCCUUCUGUCCUGGGUUGUAACAGAUUUAGUUCUGGCAGGCAUUACUGGGAGGUAGAAGUGGGAAACAAGCCUAAAUGGACACUGGGGGUGUGUUGAGAGUGUUUUCCUAGGAACUGGCAGAAUCAGCCAGUAGUUGAGGGUAGAUUCUGGGCAAUUGGGCUAUAUGGUGAGAGCGUCUAUGCUGUGUUGGGUCCUAAGAGAACCCAGCUCCUGCCCAUAGUAAGACCCAGUAAGAUUGGCAUUUUUUUGGACUAUGAGUUGGGUGAGGUUUCCUUUUAUAAUAUGAACCAUAGAUCUCUUCUCUAUACUUUUAACAAUUCUUUUACAGAAGCCAUUUGCCCCUAUUUCUAUAUUGGAAUAGAUUCUAAACCUCUUACAAUCUCUUCAGUGAUAGAUGAUGAAAGAUGA